GCUGCUCCUGGCGAGCUGAGAAGGCGGAAGCAGCGGCGGCCGCGGCUGGGGCUGAGGCUCCGGCCGUCGGCGGACGCAGCAGCCGCGGCCCACGAACCGGCAGUUUGGCGUCGGAGCCACUUGGUCUCGGAGUGUCGUGUAUGAAGGCGACGCGGCGCAGCCCGGGGGAGCCUUCCCAGUUGGCUGCGAAGUUUCUGCGUGUGCGAUCGAUUGACUGACAACAAAGCUACUAUGAGUCUCUUAAACUGUGAAAACAGCUGUGGGUCCAGCCAGUCGUCAAGUGACUGCUGUGCUGCCAUGGCUGCCUCCUGCAGUGCUGCAAUGAAAGAUGACUGCGUGAGUGGCUCUGCCAGCACGGGGAACCUCUCCAGCUCCUUCAUGGAGGAGAUCCAGGGGUAUGAUGUGGAGUUUGACCCGCCUUUGGAAAGCAAGUAUGAGUGCCCCAUCUGCUUGAUGGCUUUGCGGGAACCAGUGCAAACACCAUGUGGCCACAGGUUCUGCAAAGCCUGCAUCAUCAAAUCCAUAAGGGAUGCAGGUCACAAGUGCCCAGUUGACAAUGAAAUACUGCUGGAAAAUCAGCUGUUUCCUGACAAUUUUGCAAAGCGAGAGAUUCUUUCCCUGACGGUAAAGUGCCCAAAUAAAGGCUGUUUGCAAAAGAUGGAACUGAGACAUCUCGAGGAUCAUCAAGUACAUUGUGAAUUUGCUUUUGUGAAUUGUCCCCAGUGCCAACGUCCUUUCCAGAAGUGCCAUGUUAAUACACACAUUAUCGAGGAUUGUCCCAGGAGACAGGUUUCUUGUGUAAACUGUGCUGUGCCCAUGGCAUAUGAAGAGAAAGAGAUCCAUGAUCAGAGCUGUCCUCUGGCCAAUAUCGUCUGUGAGUACUGCGGUACAAUCCUCAUCAGAGAACAGAUGCCUAAUCAUUAUGAUCUGGACUGCCCAACAGCUCCAGUCCCCUGCACAUUCAGUGUUUUUGGCUGUCAUGAAAAGAUGCAGAGGAAUCACUUGGCACGACACUUGCAGGAGAAUACCCAGUUGCACAUGAGACUGUUGGCCCAGGCUGUUCAUAAUGUUAACCUCGCUUUGUGUCCGUGUGAUGCUUCCUCUCCAUCCCGGGGAUAUCGCCCAGAGGACCCAAAUUAUGAGGAAACUAUCAAACAGUUGGAGGGGCGCCUAGUAAGACAGGACCAUCAAAUCCGGGAGCUGACUGCCAAAAUGGAAACUCAGAGUAUGCAUGUGAGCGAGCUCAAACGGACCAUCCGAACUCUUGAGGACAAGGUUGCCGAAAUGGAAGCACAGCAGUGUAAUGGGAUUUACAUUUGGAAGAUUGGCAACUUUGGGAUGCACUUAAAAUCCCAAGAAGAGGAAAGACCUGUGGUCAUUCAUAGCCCUGGAUUCUACACAGGCAGACCUGGGUACAAGCUGUGCAUGCGCCUGCACCUUCAGCUCCCGACGGCUCAGCGCUGUGCAAACUAUAUAUCCCUCUUUGUCCACACAAUGCAAGGAGAAUAUGACAGCCACCUCCCCUGGCCCUUCCAGGGUACAAUACGCCUUACGAUUCUUGAUCAGUCUGAAGCAGUUAUAAGGCAAAACCACGAAGAGGUCAUGGAUGCUAAGCCAGAACUGCUUGCCUUUCAGCGACCCACAAUCCCACGGAACCCCAAAGGUUUUGGCUAUGUAACAUUUAUGCACCUGGAAGCCUUAAGACAGGGAACCUUCGUUAAGGAUGAUACAUUAUUAGUGCGCUGUGAAGUCUCUACCCGCUUUGACAUGGGUGGCCUUCGGAAGGAGGGUUUCCAGCCACGAAGUACUGAUGCAGGGGUGUAGUGUCCAUUUACGUGUGUUCAAAAACUAAAAACCAUAUGAAAAAGCUGUGCUUUCUCUGCCUGAUCCCAGUAAACAGUAGUCAAACAAGCAGUGGGAGAGGUGUAAGGCCUAGCAGCACAUGUCAUCAGUGAGAUCACGUUCCACUUCUCACUGUUAACAAAUAUCUGAGGCAAUUCCCAUGGAAACCUACACGUCCCCUCUGUCUUCUGCAAAACCUUAACAUUUAAGGGCCUGUGGCCCGUCUGUUUGUCAGGGUGCCUCUUCACCGUGCUUCCAUGGGCUUCUCAAAUGUCCGUGUACUUUACUGUAAAACAAAGGCCAGUUAGUGUGUUGAAGCUCGGUUGUUUAAUAAUUCUGGUGCCUUAAAAACUCAAGGUGUUUUUAGGACAGUUAUUACUAUAUUAAACGUGAGAAUCACCACUGCCUGUGCUGGUGCCAGUGGGAAAGUUACUGCUCUGGUGUUGAGUUCUCAUUGUAGUUGACUCCUGUGAAUUUCAGGGGCUUUGAACCGUGAUCCCUGGAAAGCUUAAGUUCUCAUGUACUCCCUCCAUUGUUCACUAAGGAUCCAGGGACUGGUUUAACCCUUACUUAUUUAGUGUGAAUGUCUUGUCCAUUGAGCAUCAAGCAUUCUCUGCUUUCAUAUUUUGAAAUUUGCUCCCGGCAGCAUCUUCCCAGUCUGUAAUACUGUGGUCAUGUGGUUGCCAACUGUUGAGUGUUAUUGCCAUGUAAACUUUCUUGCCUGUUCAGUGCAGCUUGGUUUCCACAGUCUGUUGCACAUCUUCUGUUGCUUGCAAAUACAAAAUCACUAGCCUAAGCAGGUAAUUCAGCUCAUCAGCCAUUAAAUGGCACUUCAUGGAGGAUGACAGCAACUCUUAUAGCCAGGAAACUCGAGCCCUCUUAACUACCUUUUGAUUUAGCUUAGUUAAUUGAAAUAAAAUUGAUUUCCUCCAGGGGCUGGAGAAUUGGCUCAGUGGUUAAGAGCAUUCGCUGCUCUUCCAGAGGACCCUCUGUAACUCAGUUCCAGGGGAUCCGACACCCUCAUUCAGACACUCAUACAGGCAAAACACCAGUGCACAUAAAAUUAAAUAAAUAAAUAAAUAAAUAUUGAUUUCCUCAAAACAGAAUUCAUUGGAACUUGGGAAAUUGUAGGUACCUGAGAGAUGCCUAAACCAAGGUUGGCUCUCACAGUUGUGUGGACACCCAGCUUGAGUGGUGGCUUUAGUCCAGCUCAGUAGAGGUUCUGAGCAUGUUCUGUGGGAUGUAUUAGCAUGGCGGGUGUCCCUAAUGUGGAGAGGUGACUGUUGUGCUGCUGUGUAUUUGUUAAUGCCCUGUACAUGUAUAGUACUUUGGAGUCUAGUUCUCAGGGAGUCCUACAACUAGUUAGAGCCUUUGUAAGGAAUCGGAGGGGACCCUCUACUGCUGUUUACACAAGAUCAGCUAAGUGUUCCGGUAACACAGAAGGCAUUUGUAUCUCUAGCUGAAUCGGAGUCCCAGCAGUGCUCAGACCUGCCCUGCUUCCAGAGACUGCUCAGAGCCCUCGACCACGGAGUCCAGUUUUUAGCUGUAGCCAGCAAGAGUCCCUUUGACCUCUUCAUGUUUCCCCUUGCUUCCAUUCCACCCAUAAAGGUGAGGGAAAGACCUUGUCCCCUACCAUCAGCACAAGCUAAUCACAGGUCUCUGGUUGGGUCCUGGAAAUGUGUGUCCCUUAGCCGAGCUGCUUGUGGCACCUUCUGUCUCAGGAACACUGCAUGGCCUCUAGUAGUUCUUUCCCAGGGGGUAAAUGUAGGGUUGUUGUUGUUGUUGUUUACAGUAAGCAGUAGUUAUUUCUAUGAAGAAAGUGUAAUCAACUAGUUGAGGACUUAUUUUCUGUAUGUCUUUUUUAACUUUUUUACAUUAAAUGUCAUCACAAAAUAUCAGCUCCCUGCCCCCUCUCUGUUUUUUGAAAAAAGGAAAUGACAUUUAAAAACUUCCUGAGCAGAUUUCUCUUUUUAAAAUGUCUGUAUUAGGAAGAGGAGUCAUUUCCUGCCUUGGUUUUGACUUUAAAAAAACAAAACAAAACAAAACAAAACAAAACAAAAAAAAACUCUAGCAUCUUUUAAGGUUUUUUGCAUAAGUUAAACUACUCCCAGCUUUAAAUUGUACCUACCUAUAAGGCAAGUCAAAGACUAGGUGUUUCUAGUGUCUGUCUUGAGAAGCUCAGUGCUAAGCCACAGAACACUGACAUGACUCACGAAAUGGCUUUAACAGGGGAAAAUUGGUGUGACUGUCCCUACUACUAACACAGAUGUUUCACUUCAGUUUAAGGUCCAUCAGCUAAAAUGAAUAGUUUUAGUUAAGUUUAGUCGGUAGUUUUAGAACUUGCAACAUUUGGUGUUUGUCAGAAGCCAACCGUUGCCAUGAAUGCAGAGUUAAAAUAACUAACUGACAUUCAAAGCCAAUGUUGAGUAAGGUCCUCAGGAUCACGUCUUAACCUAGAAAGCUGGUUUCUCUACCUGCACUUCACCAGCUCCCCAGCUCCUGAUCAUUCUCUUCAUACCAAGUGGCCUGUAAGAAUCUACAGUCCAGGCUGUGUCGGCCGUCUUUUCUCUACAGUCCAGGCUGUGUCGGCCGUCUUUUCUCUACAGUCUAGAGCACUGCUAUUUUUAAAGUUGUUUCUUCUUAGAAAAAAUGCCCAACUUACUAUUGAAGAUUUUUCUCCAAA